CUCUCCGCGCCGCUGCCGCCGCCGCCGCCGCGCGACUCCGGCCCGCACGCCGCCCGCCCGCCCGCCGCCCGCGCCACGGCCCCCACCUCUCCCCGGCCCGACCGACCCCGGGCUGCGCGGGGAGCCAGGCGGACGCCCGGGCCAAACCCGAGGGACGCACGAGGGAGGAGGGCUCCAUUGUGGACUUCGCCGCCGCCAACAUCUGGGCGAAGUGCGGGCCCCCGCUGGCCGCCGCCUCACCUGCGGGACCGUAGGAGGCUCAGCCCCGAGGCCCGAGACUCCGGUUUGGGAUCAGCCCCCCGGGAUGCAGUAGCGGCCGCUGUUCGGAGGCCGCCGAGCAGCUGCAGCCGCCGCCGCCGCGCAGAUCCACGCUGGCUCCGUGCGCCAUGGUCACCCACAGCAAGUUUCCCGCCGCCGGGAUGAGCCGCCCCCUGGACGCCAGCCUGCGCCUCAAGACCUUCAGCUCCAAGAGCGAGUACCAGCUGGUGGUGAACGCCGUGCGCAAGCUGCAGGAGAGCGGCUUCUACUGGAGCGCCGUGACGGGCGGCGAGGCGAACCUGCUGCUCAGCGCCGAGCCCGCCGGCACCUUCCUCAUCCGCGACAGCUCGGACCAGCGCCACUUCUUCACGCUCAGCGUCAAGACGCAGUCGGGGACCAAGAACCUGCGCAUCCAGUGCGAGGGCGGCAGCUUCUCUCUGCAGAGCGACCCGCGCAGCACGCAGCCCGUGCCCCGCUUCGACUGCGUGCUCAAACUGGUGCACCACUACAUGCCGCCCCCGCCGGGCGCCGCCGCCUUCCCCUCGGCCCCGACGGAGCCCGCCUCCGAGGUGCCCGCCCAGCCGCUCCCCGGGAACCCCCCCAGGAGAGCCUAUUACAUCUACUCGGGAGGCGAGAAGAUCCCGCUGGUCCUGAGCCGGCCGCUCUCCUCCAACGUGGCCACCCUCCAGCAUCUCUGUCGGAAGACGGUCAACGGCCACUUGGACUCGUAUGAGAAAGUCACCCAGCUGCCUGGCCCCAUUAGGGAGUUCCUGGACCAGUACGACGCUCCGCUUUAAAGAGCCGAGGGCAGGGGUCCUGGCGAGGGGCCCCGGCGCCCCCUCUUCUCCGUGGCACAUGGCACAAGCACAAGAAUCCAGUGGAGAGAGCCCCGCCGCCCUGGGUGAGCCGGGGGCUGGGCCGGCCCCUCCCUCGGGCCCUCCCCCUGCCGAAUGGGGCAGGCGGGACGUGGAAUGUGUUGGAGGGAAGGGGAGUGCCACCUGAGCGCCCCUCCCCCGCUCGGGCCCGAAGGCCAGAAGGGACCACUUCAGCGACCGCAGUGGAGGGAUGACCCUCUCCUCUCCGCUUCCUUCCGGACCCGGACACUGCCGCGUGUGCUGAACUAGUGAGAACUGCCGGGGAACCCGGAAACUUUCCAAAGGAACUUGUUUGCGCUUUGAUUUGGUUUUAAACACGGCUUUAACCCUGAGCAAGUCUCAGGCCUGGGAAAGGGUGGACCAGAGCGGGCGCCUCCGGGCCCCAGGGCUGCAGGCUGGCCAGAGGAAUGGCCACUCCCACCGCCCAGCCCAGGUGAGGAGGGUGGCUGCGUGCACCGGGAAACACAGGUCCUAGCGUCUGUUGAGUGCUCAGGAGCCCAGGGCCCUUCCCCCGUUUUAAGGGGGAAGUGGCAUUUGGAGGGGGAGGGAUGGACAGGCUGGUCAGCUCUUUCCCCCGCUCACACUAUACCUUCCAGCACCUGGGGGCUGCGGGGAUGGAGGAGAUGAGCCAUCUCUGACCCCUGAUCCCGGCCAAAGAAGGUGGAGGGUUCUACUCUGUGCCUCCUAUGUCUGGCGCCGAGAUUUGCCUUAAACGCUCCCUGUCCCAUGGACAGGGACUGGCACACAAGCCACACACUCAGCCGAUCCAGGCCGAGGCCAAGGGGUUCUCAGAGGGCAGGCCGCCGGCCAGUGCGGGAGGCGGGGGCAGAGGUGGAUGGCCACCCCGUCCCGCCGAGCCCGUCACAGGUGCCUCCUGGUGCCUGGGCUCUGGCCCGAGCACAGCCACCAGGCCCCCCACAGCCCCAGGCCCUGCACAGCGCUCCCCCCUCACCUGGGGACGGGGGAAACUGCGUGGAGCCACCCAUCAGAGGCCGGGCACCUGCCCACCCCCCCCCCCGACCCCCCGGGCGGCUGCUCCACAAUAGCACUGAUCGGUGAAAACUUACAGGAAUGUAGCAGCGAUGGAAUUACCUGGAAUUGCUUUUUGGGGGGUGGGGGGAGGACUAAACACAGUUUUCUGUGUCGGGUAUUGGUCUGGAUGGGGCAACUGUGUGUUGGGGUUUUUCUUUUUUUUUUUUUUUCUUGUUAUUUUGUUUUUGUUUUGUUUUGGGUUUUGUUUUGAUGAUGUUUACAACCUGCCUCACUCUGUCUUUUAUAAAGAUUCCACCUCCAGUCCUCUCCCCUCCCCCACCCAGGCCUUCAAGGCUGUUAGGAGAUGCUUGAACUCAACCAAAUACCAAUCCAAGUCAAACUUUGCACAUAUUUAUAUUUAUAUUCGAAAAGAAACAUUUCAGUAAUUUAUAAUAAAGAGCACUAUUUUUUAAUGAAAAA